CACCUCCUCUGAGGAGCAAAGUGAGCAGCAGCACACGCACAAUCACAGGCUGGAAACACCAUGCCAAGGUGCGUUAAAGACCAGGAGCUGGAGCGGGCGUAGAAAAAACCUGCAGGAUGCAGAGGAGGCAGCGAGAUGAGGACGGAUCCAGAGAAUGAAGGGGCUGAGGGUUUUGAAACAAAGCCAGAGGCAGACAGGCAUGUGUGACUGAGCUGCUGUUUCACAUCUGUCAGGGAAGUUUGAAGGAGUGCUUUGGUCAUGGCAGGACCAACCACAACCACUCAGGAGCCUGUGAAGACGCAGCAGAAGUGCAUUGCCGUCUUCGCUCUGCUCUGCUGCUUUGCCGUGCUGGUGGCGCUCAUCUUCUCCUCGGUGGACGUGUGGGGGGACGAUGAGGACGGAAUCACAGAGGAAAACUGCAGCAGAGACUGCCGCAUUUCAGACACUAAAGACCUGAUGACUUCCAGCAUCGUGCUUGUGGAGACAAUCCCAGACGAGCUGUCCCUCCACAUGGACGGAAAACUCCACACUGCGCUCUCUGCUGGGUUUCACUCACUACUGGACCAGGCAAAGCACUCAGUGGAGGUGGUGUCCCCGGUCUGGGAGCUGAACUCCUGGGACCUGGACCCAGCACCGGCCGCCGCCCAGCAGGGCGAGCUUUUGUUCCAGAGACUGCUCGGCCUGAAAUCUCGAGGGGUUAGACUGAAAAUUGCCAGCAGUCUGACGAACUCCACUGAGCUGAAAGCCUUGGCAGCACACAAUGCAGAGGUCCACUUUGUAAACAUGACGGCUUUUACCCGAGGAGGACUCCACUCUUCAUUCUGGAUAGUGGAUCGGAAGCACAUUUACAUCGGGAGCGCGGAUAUGGACUGGAGGUCUCUCUCCAAGAGAAAAGAGCUGGGUGUGGUGGUGUAUAACUGCAGCUGUCUGGCCCUGGACCUCCACAGAGUCUUCUCCUUUUACUGGCAGCUCUACGAAAAAGACUACAUCCCCUCCAUCUGGUCAAAGAGAGUCACAGCCCUCUACGGGAGGCACAGCGCCCUGGAAGUGGAGCUCAACUCCACCCCUGCCGAGGCUUAUGUGUCUACCUCUCCUGAACUCUUCUGUGCCAAAGAUCGCACCAGAGAUGUGGACGCCAUCUACCAAGUCAUCCAGAGUGCGAAUAAGUUCAUCUUCAUAUCUGUGACAGACUACCUCCCGCUGGUGAAGAGGAGCUUCAGAGGAAUUGCCGUCACAAGGUACUGGUCAUUCAUCGAUGAGGCGAUCAGGGAAGCUGUGGUGCUGAGGGGGGUCCGAGUUCGCCUGCUCAUAAGUUUCUGGAAAAAAACUCACCCUCUCACCUUCAACUUUGUGACAUCCCUCAAAUCUCUGUGCAUGCAGCUUCACAACUGUUCGCUUGAGGUGAGGUUCUUUAGUCACAAGGAUCUGAAGGACGACUAUCAGCUUGGACUCAACCACAACAAGUACAUGGUCACCGACAAUGCUCUUUACCUCGGUAACCACGACUGGGUCGGGAGUGACUUUGCUGUCAACACAGGAGUUGGGCUGGUGAUCAAGAUGAGGGACAGUCCUCAGGAGGGAGGAGGGACUAUCCUGGAGCACGUACAAGCUGCGUUUGAAAGAGACUGGAGGUCACGUUAUGCCAAAAGCCUGCAGGGCAGCAAAGAUCAGGGAAAACACAGACACUUGCAAUGGCCAAAACACCACCCGGAAAAUAAGGAGGAAAACGACUGGAACGAUCCUUUAUGAGCAGAAGAUGGGUUUCUAAAUUCUUAAGUCUCAUAUGCCUGAGUACUAUAUUUUACAAAUACCUACACAAAUAAGAAUGUAGACCUCUCCUAUAGACUCAGUCUAAUUUUUUUGCUUAGACUCAGAUGUGUGUUACUUGAAUACUAAUGACUACUUAAUCAACUGUAAACUGUUAUCAGCAUGCACUGCUGCAUGAAUACUGAAAGUAAUAUUCAGUUACAAAUUGUAUGCACUCUAUAUAGCAACAGAUACAAUCAGCAAUGUUGGUCAAUUGUACAUUUAUUUAAUCAACUUCACCACAGAAGUUUACUUUCAAAGGAUGAUCUGCUACUUUUGUCUAAAGUCUUCAUUUAAAUGUGUAUUUCUUUUUGGAUCUACAUAAGAUUUGUAGGUUUUAAAGCCGUCUGAAUUGUAUAUUAGCUCAUUCUAGCUUUUGAACCACUUCUUUUGAGUGGUGCUGCAUUUAUUUAUUUUUUAUUUAUU